AAAUUCAAUUCAAACAAACUGGCCAUUUUUCACGGUCAAGUCCCACUGCUUCGCCCUUCCCUCCAUUUAUUCACUCUCUCUUCUCUCUCGCGCGCGCACAAGCGAUGUCUCCCUGGGCUUUCAUGAAGAGAUCAUCCUAUCCGUCGGUCCUUCUCAUGGGCGGAAUCCAACGGAUGAGCUUUCGUCCUCUAUCCGCCGCUGCAGCUGGAGGAAGCUCUUCGGCAAAUGAGAAAGGAGAUGCGUCGUUUUCAUCCUCCUCUGCUUUUGGGCAUCUCUCUGGAAUCGUCGCGGGUUCGGGUCUCGGGUUUUGGCUUUGGUCGUCUCCAGAAUGUUCUUUCUCGUCUGCUGAUUGGAAUACGGCAACCGUGAAAGAGGUGGCUGGUGAUGAUGUGCACCUGAAUUCCGUGCUCUGCGAUGCACCGCAACAGGAAAGGAAACCCAAGUAUCUGUUUGCAGAUUCUUAUAGGAGAAGGGUUUUCUUUAACUACGAGAAACGCAUAAGGUUGCGAAGUCCUCCGGAAAAGGUUUUUGAAUACUUCGCGUCUUUUCGGAGCCCAGAAGGGGAAGUAUUUAUGACACCAGCAGACUUGAUGCGAGCGAUCAUUCCUGUAUUUCCUCCAUCUGAAUCUAAUAUUGUCAGAGAAGGUUAUUUGAGAGGGGAGAAGCGUCCUGGCAAGUUGCAUUAUGCUGAUCCAGAGUUGUCUAUGCUUUUUGAUACCAACAAUGAUGGACUUAUAUCUUUCCCAGAGUACAUCUUCUUUGUCACACUCCUCAGCAUCCCAGAAUCAAGCUUCUCUGUGGCAUUUAAAAUGUUUGACCUUGACAAUAAUGGGGAGAUCGAACGGGAUGAGUUUAAGAAAGUGAUGGCCUUGAUGCGGUCUUAUAACAGACAAGGGUCAUCUCAUAGAGAUGGAAUGCGUAUUGGGCUAAAGGUUGGGACUUCUGUUGAAAAUGGUGGUCUGUUGGAGUACUUUUUUGGCAAGGAUGGGACCGAGUGCCUCCAACAUGAAAAAUUUGUUGCAUUUUUAAAAGAUUUGCAUGAAGAAAUUUUACGUUUGGAGUUUGUCCAUUACGACUGCAAGUUGCAAGGAACAAUACCGGCCAAGGAUUUUGCCUUGUCAAUGGUUGCUUCUGCUGACAUGAACCAUAUAAAUAAGUUUCUUGAUCGGGUCGAUGAACUAAAUAACGACCCACAUCUCCGGGACAUUCGCAUCACUUUGGAGGAAUUCAAGGACUUCGCAGAGUUACGUAAAAGAUUGCAACCGUUGGCUCUAGCAAUCUUUAGUUAUGGGAAAGUAAAUGGUUUGUUGACAAAGAAGGAUUUUCAACGUGCUGCAUCCCAUGUAUGUGGCAUCUCAAUCACUGAGAAUGUCGUUGAUGUCAUAUUCCAUGUUUUCGAUGUGAACCGUGAUGGAAAUUUAAGUGUUGAUGAGUUCUUAGGAGUUCUAGAGAGACGGGAAAGGGAUAUGGGCUACCCAGCAGAUACAGGCAUUGUUGGGAUGCUAUCAUGUUGGUGGAAUUGUGCCAAGGCUUGCUCCUUUGAGCGGGUGCUUCAGUAACCAGAGUUCGUUUCUUCUUGUACAUUCCCUCUCACUUCAUGUCUUGGUAUCAUUCCAACAUCAAUGGCUGAGAGUUGUCCAGUAGGGAAAGGUCAAUUCUUUCAAUCUUCAGCCAGAUGUUUCUGAAGGAUCUUGAGGAUGGGCUUUGGAGUUUCAACUAGUCAUGCUUGAGAUAUUGUACAUAACUGAUGUUUUAUGGGUUUCUGGUGUCUAAUGUUCCGCUCUCCUCUAGAGGGACUAAAGGAGAUAUGCUCCUCACUUUGUUAAGGAAGCUUCCAUAGUACCGAAGUAAUCUCUUCUGCCGCAAAAUCCAACUGUACAGUGUUCAGCAUGUUAUGUUUGUAUGUACAUAAUCCUGUUUAUUUGUACUUGUUAAAUUCUUUGUAACAAUCUGUUGUACUGCUGAGCCUACAUUAUAAUCUAAUUAUUUGGGAUA